ACCGCCCCCUUUUUUCUCACUGUCCGAUGGUUUUAAUGUUUUUGGACUGACUGCGACAGCUGCUCAAGUGUUCAUCAUCUUCGUGAAGUUAGGACAAAACUGAAGGCAUGCCGCUGGCUCGCAGCCUCUCUGUCACGUCCUUGUCUGGACUGGAGGACUGGGACGAGGAGUUUGAUUUGGAGGACGCUGUCCUUUUUGAAAUUGCGUGGGAGGUCGCUAACAAAGUUGGAGGCAUCUACACCGUCAUCCAGACCAAAGCCCGUCUGACCGCAGAGGAAUGGGGGGAGAACUAUUUCCUGGUGGGUCCCUAUGUGGAGAGCAACGUGCGCACUCAGGUGGAGCUGAUCGAGCCCACCAACCCGGUGCUGAAGAGAACCAUCGACAAGAUGAACGCCAGUGGGUGUAAGGUGUACUUUGGGCGGUGGCUUAUUGAAGGCAGUCCCUAUGUUGUUCUGAUCGAUGUGGCGUUCUCUGCCUGGUCUCUGGACACCUGGAAGAGCGAGUUGUGGGAGCUUUGUGACAUCGGCGUGCCUUGGUUUGAUCGUGAGGCUAACGACGCUGUGCUGUUCGGCUUCCUGACGGCCUGGCUUCUGGGAGAGUAUGCAGCCCAGAGUGAGGAGCCUCCACACAUCGUUGCUCAUUUCCAUGAAUGGUUAGCAGGUCUGGGUCUGAUUUUGUGCCGACACAGACAGCUGCCCGUCGCCACCAUCUUCACCACCCACGCCACUCUGCUAGGAAGAUACCUGUGUGCUGGCAAUGUGGACUUCUAUAACAAACUUGCAGAUUUUAACGUGGACAAGGAGGCCGGCGAUAGACAGAUCUACCACCGCUACUGUUUGGAGCGGUCGGCCGCUCACUGUGCACAUGUCUUCACCACUGUAUCACAGAUCACUGCCGUCGAGGCAGAGUACCUGCUCAUGAGGAAACCAGACAUUAUCACUCCCAACGGGCUCAACGUAAAGAAGUUCUCAGCUGUACACGAGUUUCAAAACCUUCACGCUCAGAGCAAGCAUCGGAUCCAGGAGUUCGUCAGGGGACAUUUCUACGGGCACCUUGACUUCAACCUGGACAAGUGUUUGUUCCUCUUCAUUGCUGGACGGUAUGAGUUCUCCAACAAAGGAGCCGACAUCUUCUUGGAAGCGUUAGCCAGACUCAACUAUCUGCUGAGGGUCAAUCACAGUGACGUGACAGUCAUUGCGUUCUUCAUCAUGCCAGCUCGGACAAACAACUUUAAUGUUGAGACACUGAAGGGCCAAGCAGUCAGGAAACAGCUCUGGGAUACAGCUCAGACUGUGAAGGAACGUUUUGGAAAGAAACUUUAUGAAUCACUUCUAGUUGGGCAGCUGCCCGAUGUGCAGAAGAUCAUUGACAAAGAGGACUUCACUAUAAUGAAACGGGCCAUCUUCGCGACUCAGAGACAGUGCCAGCCUCCAGUCUGCACUCAUAACAUGCUGGAGGACAGCAGCGACCCCAUCCUCAACUGUGUGCGCCGUAUCGGCCUUUUCAACAGCGCUGUCGACCGUGUCAAGAUUAUCUUCCAUCCAGAAUUCCUCUCGUCCACCUCUCCUCUUCUUCCUAUGGAUUAUGAGGAGUUUGUAAGAGGCUGCCACCUCGGCGUCUUCCCCUCUUACUACGAGCCUUGGGGCUACACUCCAGCCGAGUGCACGGUGAUGGGAAUCCCAUCAAUCUCCACCAACCUGUCAGGCUUCGGCUGUUUCAUGGAGGAGCACAUAGCAGACCCCUCAGCAUAUGGUAUUUACAUCCUGGACCGGCGGUAUCGGGGGGUCGACGAGUCGUGUAACCAGCUCACGUCCUUCCUGUUUCAGUUCUGCAAGCAGAGCAGACGCCAGCGGAUCAUCCAGAGGAACCGCACCGAGCGUCUGAGCGAACUCCUGGACUGGAAAUACCUCGGCAGGUAUUACAUAUCCGCCCGUCACAUGGCCCUGGCUAAAGCGUUCCCUGACACCUACAUGUAUGAACCUACUGAGCCCACCUCCACCUCAGGUUUCAGUUACCCGCGACCCGCCUCUGUGCCUCCGUCUCCAUCUCUGUCCCGCCACUCCUCCCCCCACCACAGCGAGGUGGAGGACAACGAUGAAGAGGAGCGCUACGACGAAGAUGUGGAGGCAGAAAAGGACCGCAAGAACAUCCGCCAGCCCUACGCCCUGCCGUUCAAAAACAAAACCUCUCCCCUGGGGGCCAAUGGAAACGGCAAUGGUGACGAUGAUGAAAACUGAGACACUCAAACAAACACACACUCAUACAUACACACUUAUACAUGCUUACACAAAUACAUGCAAAACUUCACUAGUGAAACCUCCUUGUUGCAAUCGUUGAAGUCCUCAUGUAUUUCAUAAAUGUGUGCAAUUGUGUGAAUGCGAGUGUUGAAUUCAAUAUCGACUUGUUGUGAAAAAUAGCAUCACUGUCCCAACCUGUUUGUACCUCAGAGAUUUUAGACAAAUAUAUGUUCGUUUGGUAUGUUUUUGGUAUUGCUUCAGUCACACCAGCAGUGCAACCAUCGGUUAGCGUUGUGGAAGUACGUGCAGCAGCUAGAAAGGGCUAAACGACGGCUCAACAAGGAAACUAAUCAGGAUUGCUGGAUUUUAUAGUGUACUAACACUGGAUAACAUACUGUAGGUCAAGAAACAUUGAAAGGAUAACUAUUUUUGAGCCGAAGUAGGGUUUUUUUAUACUUGAUUUAAUAAUGGUUUAGAGUGAGGAAAAUAUCCUAAUCCUCCUUGCAUCCAAAUUAUCAUCUGUACAAAAUCAAAGCUAUUUUCCUGGUUAAAGAAUCUCUCUUGUAAAGACGGUGUCAGUGAGGAUUCAGUGGACAGCACAGUGUAGCAUCUAUCUUUCAAAUGCCUUGGAAUGGAAAUAAAAUGCAACACACACACACACACACACACAGUAACCAAUAAUGUCAGAAAACAAAAGAUGUUCUUCUCAUUUUGAGGAUAUGGUGUGUUUUAAUUUUCUUCCCGCCAUAUUGUAUCAUAGCCUUUCAGUGACAAUCACAGAUGAACAACCUUACACUCCUCUGUUUGUGUGAGCUUGUGUGGAUUACUCCGGGGUUUGACAAGUAUUUAUUUGUGAAGGUAAAGAGAUGAGACGGGGAGGAAAAAAGGGACAGAAAGUAACAAUGUUGAGAAUUGUGUCUUCAAUGGAAGAAGAAGAAGGUUUUACCAGGCGUACGCUCACACUCCGUACGUAACGUAAGAGCUUUAUCAUUUGUUAAAGUCUUGCACCAGAUGAACUAAUAAUAAAGUUGAAAUAAACAUAUACCUGUUAGUGUUUUACAAAA